AACAGCAGGUGGCAGUAUUGGUUGUCAGUAGUAUCAGCGAUACUACACUGAAGAACUGAAGACGGAGUUUGUGCAUCUGAGGGGGUUUUCAUAAAUGUAUUUUUAUUUGAUUACUGAAGAUACGUGCAAGGAAUAUGGCAGAUGACGCUCUGUUUGAAUUCCUCCAUAUGGAGAUUGUUUCUCACGUGUACAAGGAACAUGCGACCCGAGAGGACAUUGAUAGGGAGAGAGUGACGUGUGUAUCUACACUAGAGGCAAUGGGCUUCAGAGUUGGACAAGGACUGAUUGAAAGGUUUACAAAAGACUGCCCCAGUUUCAAAGAUGACCUGGAUGUAAUGAAGUUCCUCUGUAAAGACUUCUGGAGCACCGUCUUCAAAAAACAAAUCGACAACUUGAGGACUAACCAUCAGGGCACAUAUGUCUUACAGGAUAAUAAAUUUUCACUACUUACUCAGUUUUCCAGUGGAAAGCAAUACCUUGAGGAGGCUCCAAAAUACUUGGCCUUUUCCUGUGGGAUGAUUCGGGGCGCUCUCUCUAACCUGGGCUUGGAGGGUGUAGUGACCGCAGAGGUCUCUUUAAUGCCAUCAUGUAAAUUCCAAGUUGUAAUUCAGAAACUCUAGGAUGGACUAAUGAGCUAUGAACACGAAUGUUUCUUCAUUUAAAACUCUGUCAAUGGGAAUUAGAUGGACACAGGAUUUUUCAUGUUUACAACAUUAUUUUUGAUAUAAAGCAGUUUCAAGUUAUAUUUCAG